AGAGAGCAGUUCCUGGAGUCACAGCCCCCUUUGGCAAGCGUGUCUGCGCAGCACUUCGGUGCCGUUGAGCUUGUCCAGACGAAGCCUCGAAGGGAUGAGUUGGCGCCUGGGCCGGGCUUCGGUCAGGCAGUGUUUGAGGCAGCCCCAACGGGGUCCUCAAGGGGCCUUCCUCCCUUUGAACGGCGGUGGCGGGCGGGUGCGUGUCUUCUCCAGCACUUCUUAGAGUGGGGGCCACCACCUCCAUGGCCACGACUGUGACUGGGCCGUGCGCCGGCAGGUCGCGGGACAUCCUGUGGCGUGUUUUGGGCUGGAGGAUAGUUUCAAGUAUUGUUUGGUCAGUGCUGCUUCUGCCCAUCUGUACCACAGUAUUUAUAAUCUUCAGCAGCAUUGAUUUAUUUCAUCCUAUACAGUGGCUGACAGAUUCUUUCAAUGAUCUUUAUAGUUCCUACGUAAUCUUUUACCUCCUGCUGCUGUCAGUGGUAAUAAUAAUAAUAAGUAUUUUCAAUGUGGAGUUCUAUGCAGUUGUGCCUUCCGUUCCCUGCUCCAGACUGGCACUGAUUGGGAAGAUCAUUCAUCCUCAGCAACUCAUGCACUCAUUUAUUCAUGCUGCAAUGGGAAUGGUUAUGGCUUGGUGUGCCGCAGUGAUGACCAAGGGCCAAUACAGUUUUCUUGUGGUUCCCUGCACUGGUACCGAGAGCUUAGAUAGCCCUGCCACACAAACCUGCUUAAAUGAACAUCAUCUUUUUUUCCUACUGGCUGGAGCAUUUAUGGGCUAUAGUUAUAGCCUCUUGUAUUUUGUUAACAACAUGAACUAUCUUCCAUUUCCCAUAAUACAGCAAUACAAGUUCUUGCGCUUUAGAAGAUCUCUACUAUUACUAGUUAAACAUAGUUGUGUGGAAUCACUGUUCCUGAUUAGAAAUUUCUGCAUUGUGUAUUAUUUUCUUGGCCAUAUUCCCAAAGCUUGGAUUAGCACUGCUAUGGAUCUUCACAUAGAUGAGCAAUUUCAUAGGCCUCUUGAUACUGUGAGUGGCCUUUUGAGUCUCUCAUUACUCUACCAUGUGUGGCUAUGUGGUGUCUUUCUACUGAUGACUUGGUACAUCUCAUGGAUACUCUUCAAAAUCUAUGCCACAGAGGCUCAUGUGUUCCCUGUUCAACCACCAUUUGCAGAAGAAUCAGAUGAAUGCCUCCCAAAAGUUUUAAACAGCAAUCCUCCUCUCAUCAUAAAGUAUUUAGCCUUGCAAGACCUGAUGUUGCUUUCUCAAUAUUCUCCUUCACGAAGACAAGAAGUUUUUAGCCUUAGCCAACCAGGUGGACAUCCUCACAAUUGGACAGCCAUUUCUAGGGAGUGUUUGAAUCUUUUAAAUGAUAUGACUCAGAAACUGGUUCUCUACCAAGAAGCUGCUGCUACAAAUGGGAGAGUGUCUUCAUCAUACCUAGUGGAACCUAGGAAAUUGAAUUCUCCAGAAGAAACUACUUUUCAGACAACAAAAUCUAGCCAGAUGCCUCGGUCUUCAGUGCCACCAUUAGUUAAAACAUCACUGCUUUCUUCAAAAUUCUCUACACCUGAUGUUGCAAGUUCCCCUGGUACUCCAUUUGGCUCUAGUCUAGUGAAUCGGAUGGCUGGAAUUUUUGAUGUAAAUCCCUGCUAUGGCUCACUGCAAAGUCCACAGCUAGUAAGAAGAGGGCCAAGAUUAUGGACUUUUGCUUGUGAUCAGCAAAUGACUGAGUUUUCUAAUCCUUCUCCAUCUACCUCUAUUAGUGUUGAUGGUAAGACAGUCAAACAGCCCAGUGUGAUUUAUUCAUGGAUUCAGAAUAAACGUGAACAGAUUAAGAAUUUCUUGUCAAAACGGGUGCUGAUCAUGUAUUUUUUCAGUAAGCACCCAGAGGCCUCCAUUCAGGCUGUUUUUUCAGAUGCCCAAAUGCAUAUUUGGGCACUAGAAG